AAAAUAAAUUAAUCAUAGGUGAAAAAAACUCUAUCUGUAUUCUACAUAAUCAAAUAUCAAUUCUGAUUUUUGGUAAACAUUAGUAAAAGUUUAUAAAAACGAACGACAGUAUAAAUUUUUAUUUUAUUAAUGUUGUAGGUUUCACUUUUUCAUUUUCCUAUUUGAUUAUUUAGGCCCCAGAUGGUCUAGAAGGUGUGCAAUGUAACGUAAAAGUUGAUUGAAUCUUCCUGUGUUAAGCAAGAGCUAGCUAGUUAUUACCAAACAUGAAAUCCAGUAAACGUAGACUCCAGGCGCUCGCAGAGGGUUCUGAAGGUCUUUCAAAUUACCUGAAGAUGGAGGAUUCAGAAACAUCAAUUCCACCAGUUUUUAGAUCACGUUUACACGAGCUGUUUUCGCAGAUUGAAAAAGAAUUUGACCUUCUCUACUCAGAAAAUUUAAAUCUGCAAGAAAAAAUAGAUAUUCUAAGUGAAAAACUUGAACGAGAAAGUUGUGUUGGCGAUAAACAGAAUGCUGAUUAUAUUGAGUUUGAGACAACAGGAAAAUCCUCCAAAGCAAAAAUAUCACAGAAUAAUUCUCAGAAGGUGAAAACAAGUCAUAAAUUAAGAGUACAGACGAGUAAAAUUGUGUCCAGUUUUAAGGCCCCGACAUACAACUGCCAGCUUGUAAGGGAAUUUACUGGACACAAAGAUGGUAUUUGGGAUGUCUCUUCGGCAAGACCUGGACAGGCUCUUAUUGGUACUGCCUCAGCAGAUCACACAGCGUGUAUAUGGAGUGUGGAAUGGGGGAAGUGUUUACUGCAGUAUACUGGACAUGCUGGUUCAGUUAACUCAUUAAAAUUCCACCCCACCAGAGAUAUUGCUCUGACCAGCAGUGGGGAUAAUACCGCACAUGUAUGGCAGGCUGCAGUAAAUUGGGAUCUACCACGUGGUCAAUCAUCAGAAGAAGAGCUGGAAGGUGGUGGCGAAGAAAGUAUGGGAGAAACCGACAGACCUGAAGUACUGCGGACACCACUUUCCGAACUCAUGGGGCACCAGGGUGUGGUGGUAGCUGCAGAUUGGUUAACUGGAGGUGAACAUGUGAUUACCGCUUCAUGGGAUCGAACCGCUAAUUUAUAUGAUGUAGAGACAGGGGACUGUUUACAAAUAUUGACAGGUCACGAUCACGAGUUGACACAUGCGUCUGCGCAUCACAGUUCCCGGCUAGUGGUGACGGCAUCUCGAGAUACCACUUUCCGUCUAUGGGACUUCAGAGAACCCAUACAUUCGGUGUCUGUGUUUCAGGGCCAUACUGAGAGUGUGACAUCAGCCGUUUUUACUCGAGAGGACAAAGUGGUUUCUGGAUCUGAUGACCGUUCUGUUAAGGUUUGGGAUGUCAGAAACAUGAGGUCAGCUCUCGCGACUAUUCGCUCGGAUUCAUCCGUUAACCGGGUAUCAGUGAGCAGCGGUGGAUUAAUCGCCAUACCGCAUGAUAACCGGCAGGUUCGCCUGUUCGAUCUCCAGGGACAAAGGCUUGCGAGACUACCGCGGUCAAGUCGACAGGGUCAUCGUCGCAUGGUGACGUCAGUCGCAUGGUCAGAAGACAUGUCAUCGGGUAUCAAUUUCUUCAGUUGUGGCUUCGACAGGCGCAUUCUCGGCUGGUCCAUACAACCGUCUAAGGAAAAUUAAUUUAGCAUUAAAUAGUCACCCGUAUACCUUCGGAACCACAUUGAGUACGUACAGACAUGAUAAUUAAAUUAUUAAGUAUAUUUUAAAAUAACUAAUACAUGUUUAUAGUAUGUUUAUGUCUUAUGGUUAUUAGAUACCUCAAAUUACUUACAUUAUUUAAAUUUGAAUAAAAGUUUUUUCCAGUUAAAAAAAAGUAUGUAUCUUAGUUAAAUAUGACUUUUUUCAUGUCCAGCACCUACUGUGAUUCGUGUUAUUUAUCGUGGUCUUAUAAACCUUGAUUAUGUAAAAUAACUAUCGUGAAAGUUUUGUUUAUAUUAAAUUUAAUUUAGCACAUAAUUGUAGAUAUUCUUGGUAUUACACAAAAUAUUUUUCUACUUAGACAUUUAAAUACUAAACGGUCUUGUUUUAAAACGUUCACGUGCUUGUUGCCAUGGUUACCAUUCGAUAACAUCGUUACCAUGGUAACAAUAUGGUAUUAACUUUCCACGUUUUAAAAUAAGGGCCGAAUGUCAAAUUCAGUACGUUUAAGACAAACGGGACUCAUACUUAGAACUUCGACUCUGCAACUUUAAUGCUUACUUAUGAUUGGGUUCUGUUGCCAAAAUACCAGGCGUUGUUCACUACGAGUCGUAGGUUAUUGGAAAGCGCGUUUGACAACAAGUUUUUUAAAAUACUAAUUUGGGAUUAUUAUUGACUAAAUUACAUACAAUUUUAUGUCUUUCUUAAUAGAGUUUUGUCGAAAUUAAAUAAAAAAACGAAUAACUUUUUAAAAACGUCAUUCGAUUUCACGUUUAAGGCGAAGGAGAUUCAGAGACGAUAUUGUAAAAGAUUUAAGGUCCUAGCUAAGCCGAGGCCCGGUCAAGUUUAUAUGAACGCAUUCAGAAACAUCGUUCAAGUCAAAAAAGUCUAGUUUCUAUUGUUUUGUGAAUAUUGCAGAGAAAACUUUUUAUUGAUCUGUAAGAAAUAAUGUGUUUAUUGCCAAUUUACAUAUUAAUUUCACCUGAAAGCUAGUAACUUCAGAGUGUAGAAGAUGGAAAUAAUUUCAAUAACUCGUUAAAAGUACUUUUUUUUUAAAUGUAUAACUGGAAACAUUUAUAUUAACGUAACAUAGUAAAGUAUUUAUUUGUGUCCUAAAGCAAUACAUUAUGCUUAAUGCAUAUUAUCUGUAUUUUGAAUGAUAUGAUGUUUAUCCAAGUUGAAUGUCACAUGGUAAAAAGCCAAUUUACCAAUUUCUUAAAAUCCGGCAUCGCACUUGCGAGCCUUCCGGCAAUGACAGUGUCCAUGGGCAGGUAUCACUUAACACACAGAUGAGUCUCCUGCUUGUUUGUUACCCUGUUAUAAACAAAAAUUAAGCCCAAGUUUGACUUCGAGCUUUUCUGAUUACUAAUAUGACAUUGACUGAUAGAUUUUGACAUAUCAGAGUCAUAGUUCGUGUCGUAGUCAUAGACUUAGUCUCGUUUCUGAAUAUAUCUACAGCUCCCUACUACGUUGUAGUUGCUCGACUGGUUGGUUUUCCUUUUUGUUCAUACAGU